CCAAUGGAGAGUCGGUUGCCAAUAUAAAAAUCCAGAUUUUUCUUCUCAUCUAUUAGACCAAUGUCAAAGUCAUCCUUGGACCAAUAAGCAAUGACAAGCAGUACAGCCGCAUCGGCCCAGAUUCUGGCUGAUCUGUUGCUGAAGAAUGUCGAGCAUUCACAACAAGCGACUGUCGUGAAGAGUGUUGCAGACGGGCUCUUCGAACAGCAGCAAAAUAGCGGUGACUUAGCGACGGCUCACCUCACCGCUCAGUUGCUCCGAAAAUGUCCCGAUGACUACUCCCAUAAAGUGCUGUUCUCUUUCUUGCAGACUGCUACGCUUACUGGAACCAAAAAUGAAGGACAUUCGGAAGUGACUUUCCUUCGAAGUAUUUGCGAAUUCUGCAAUUACUAUCCAGAACUUGGUUCUGAGCUUAUUGAGUCUGCUAAAGAAUACAUUGUUGCCUUGCCUAGAUUUGUUGGUCAAGACAUUGAUCAAUAUCGGCUUGCAGACCUCGAUGAUGACGAAGAGCAUGGAUCUGAAUUGGGAAAGAGCCCAGAUGAAGCGACUAUCAGAUACCUUGCAUAUCUGAAAAUAUCGCUAUGGUUGGACGCGGAAAUUGGAAAGAGAAUUGACAGCCCACUUAUAGCGUCUAUCCUUGACCUGCUUCAUAGUCCUCGCAGAUCUCUUGCGUACGCUGCUAAAGACGCAUUGUUUGCCUUUCUUGGCACUGCCCAUGAAGUUCAGCAAGAAUCGCUUCUCGAGGUGAUUUGGGACCAUGUCAAAGGCCUUGCAGACUCAAAAAGAGACUUUCAUCGCGCUAUAGCCUACUCAUUAUGGCUCAAAUGGACUCUGUUGUCUGGCAUGCCAGAUGAACGACUAGAGAUGAUUCAGCAAGCUGUCUACUGGGACCUGCUUCAAGAUGGACUGAGGUCAGAGCAAUCGGAACGCCGAAAGCAAUGUUUAUAUAUCUUAAUGAAGACCAUUCCAUUGAUCACGCGCUCCAUAUCCACUGAAAAGUUUUCAUUCAAGGUCGAACAGAAAAAGAGACUUGAGCAGCAAUGGGCGAAAUACUGCACUUUCUUCGAAGUACUGGUUCUCGAAAGAGCUUCAAAUCAAGUCGAAGAUGCCUUGCCCGAAGUUUACCAACUGAUUGGGCCUGACUCUGGGAUUCACGGCAGCUGGCUUACGGCCAUGUUUGGCGCUGGACUUGCACCAGAGGUGCCAGAAAAUGUCCGAAAGCUUGUCACAUCAUUUCUGCUUGGGCUGACUACUACCAAUCACAUUCGUUUUCUGGUAGCAGACCAGAAAUUUCUUACCGAUCUUAUUUCAUCAUCCACCGUGCUUUUCAGGUCCUUGUCUGCAUUCAUCGAUCAGGCCGUCAAAAUGUUAGAAAAUGGGGAGGCCGUCACAAACUUUCCCAGCAUCCUUCAUGUAUUAACAUGCAUUCCUGCUAAUGCAAACACGAAUGUUGAUCGUCUCCGCGAAAUUGCAUUGUCAGCUACAACGCCUCUAUCCACGCGUAUUCUUUCACAGAAUUUCCAAAAGACGACUUCUCACAAUUUUACGAUGGAAAACAGAGAGGCCUUUGAAAUGGAGAUAGCGUCUCGUUGUUUACAGAUCCAGCAAGACAGAGGGAGUGCGUCACUGUCAAUGCACAAUUGGGAGAACGCAUUUUCUAGGAUAUCGAACUUUACGGGCCAGAAGGCCUCAAAAAAAGACGAGAUACGAAUACGGGACAAAUAUCUAGCUGCAAGCUUUGAACUCCUCCAAUGCGUCAUUCAGCAUCAAGGCUCCGUCAGCUCAGCAGAUGCUAGGAUUGUUAUCUCGAACCUCGCAACCCUCUUGGAAGGUGCCACCCAAUUUAUGCAUGAAGCUGGACUUUUAUCAGCAAUUUCGUGCAUGACCGUUGCCUUUGACAAAUUUGAACAAUUACGGGAUGCCUCCGAGCAUGUCGAAAUGAUUAUAAAAUCUCUAUGGGAGUCCUGCGAGUGGCUGGAGUUUCCUAAGGAUGCAAUGAUGCAAAUCCCCCGAACUGUUUUUCACCCUUUUGUUCUCUCUACAUAUGGGGAUGGGUUAAAUCCUCUCCUUCACAAGGUCAUGAAUGAUUUGGCAGAACUUGCCGUAGGAAAGUCUUAUAUCUUUCCGGCUUUAGCAAGCGCUCUUCGAAAAGCCUUUAUACUUCUCCCGGAACGUCUUUGCUCGAGGGUUCCCUUGCAAGCAUAUAUUGAGGAUAUUAUCAACAACCUUCCUCUGGUACAUCUCGACAUAAUAUUAGGGUCUACUCUUGUGCCACGCUUGCAAAAGUCUAUUCCGAGUUUAACAUACGAAGCCUAUUACGGAGGUGCCCAAUCAUUUGGGCUUGCGUGCAUUUUCGAUAUCUUGAACCGGCUGCACAGCUAUGACUUGGACUUUGCAAAGGAUGUAUUCAACAAUCUUUCGCAGCCAUGGAUCAAACAAAAAGGUUCGGGUCCUGUGGUUAGCAAAUGGAAGAAGACAACCCAGCUACAAGCCAUGCUUAUUUUGGCUCACCAAGGGGUCCUAGAAGGGACGAAAAGUGCCCGGAGGGCGAACAUCUCAAAUUUGAUGAAGGUCCUGUCGGUGGAGCCUUUGCCACGAUAUCGCUAUCUCCUGGAAUGGAUCAUUGCUCGCCAAUUACUAGAGCAUGCCGAAGACCGCCAAAUCCUACUUGACACUCUCGGCGCCAGAGACCAUUCUAACCCGAAAUUUCUUACCUCUGUGCUCAAAAUUACCGUGAUGACUGCACAAUUCCCUGAUGCCACAGAGAAGUUUACUCACGAGUUAAUAUCUCUUGUUGUGCCCUUGGCUGUCAGUACAAAGGCAGUACUGCGACACGAGGCGCAGUGGGCGUUCCUGAGUAUCUGGACCUGCGCUGCAAACAAUGGAUGGGAAUCCAUCACCAAGAGCGAGGCCCUCAUUCCCCUCGAGGCCUUCAUCCGCAACGUCAAAAAGGAUUUUGAAGACCUUCAAAUCCGGCGCCUGGAAGCUCUAGAUCCAACCCGCGAUCACAAUUUGACGCAUUUGUUCGAAGGAGAAUACCUUUCCUUGCCUCCACCAGAGGGUAUCACGCUUACACGGGAUGAUUUCCUCGACGUCUUUUCCCAUGACCCUGAACUGCCGGCCGAUAUUCUACACAAACGCUCCGGAGCAAUGCCACUCGGGCAGCGGCCAUUUUCUGAUACGAAGCAGCCCGAGAACAUCCCACGCGAAACACUCACCACCACCACACCAAAAACACAAACUACGGGCCAAGCUCCACUACAGACAAAGAGCGGAACCUGGCGCGCAGCGGCAGAGAGUUCACAUGGAAUCGACGAAACCGACAGCGAGAAAAACAGCAUGGGACGACCGCACGAACUCAUCCUCAUCGCGUCUCUGAUUGACAACCCAUUCAAUGCGGGCGGCUUAUCCCGUGUGGCCGAAAUCUUUGGCGCCAAAUCACUCCAAGUCAGAGACAGAGGGAUCAUGAAAAACACCCAAUUCACGUCUGUGGCUGUCUCUUCGCACUGCUGGCUGCCCAUUGAAGAGCUGCCGCCCGCAUCUAUCCCCGCGUUUCUCACUCAGCGCAAGCUGGAGGGGUACACGGUCGUGGGUAUCGAGCAGACUGAUCGCAGUAAAGUCCUUGGCCAAGGAGACUGGAAACUUCCUAGCAAGACUGUACUUCUUCUUGGAAGCGAGCGUGAGGGUAUCCCAGCCGCACUGCUAGCUGAAAUGGAUCUCUGUGUGGAGAUUCAGCAGAUUGGCCAGACGAGGAGCAUGAAUGUCCAGACUGCCGCGGCUGUGGUUCUGUAUGAGUACACAAGACAUCAUGGCUGAAUAUUCGAUGACGAAAUUGUGCUAUGCAGGGGAAAAGAUAGUGCAUUAAAAAAGCCUCGGGCUGGACGUGCUCUGUCAUAAAAGCUAAUUUGUUCUUUACAAGGUCGGU